ACACUACUACCACCGUGCGGGCUUUGGUAUCACGAGUAUUCGAGGAAUACAAGCUGGGCUGGAGGGUGACACACGCGCAUUGCACCGGUGGUAAUUGUGCCAAUAUGAAUGUUUCGCUGGGUCGCUCCCACCACCACGCUGGCGCAGGAUGUAUGCAUGUCCACCAAUUAGGGAAUAAUCUGUCCGACACUGAUUCGCACUUGACCCGCCACUCCAACGUCUGUCUGAUUCCCCGCUGGCGUCGUUACCUUGACAUCUGUCCACCUCACGCGAUCUUCACAUAUGGAAAUUAUUUACUCCUAUUGUGUGAGACAAUCUGGCAACACCCUAUUGUGAGGGCUUGUCGCGGUCAGUUUGGCCACAUGACCAGACUUAGGAGUAAGGCGCGAGUGAUAAGCUCAUCUUGUGGGCUGAAGAUAAUGCGCGUCUCGAGAGCAUGGAUUUGGUGCAUACUGUCUGACAGCUCAAGCAGACCAUACGAGCCGCAGCUUGCAUGGCGUCUGCAGCUGGCGUGUUUCUUUCGUCUAGCAAUCUGGGUGUCACGAAGAAAGAUACGCCAUUAGAGAAUUUGCGAACAAUACAUCCGGUGGAGCAUGUCACGGCACACCUACAAAACUGGCCCGUACUGAAUAGCGACGAUGAAGGUAUUCUCGGAUUGUUGACACGGCCAAGAAAUUUAUCAGAGAUUAUUUAAUCACGUCUUAUUUUUCGAUGUUGACUGGCUUAGCGAAAACUGUUGAAAUUUACGAGAAAUAGGAGCCAAAAUGAGGUGUAAACCCUGAUUGGUGAGGCUUCAAUUCUAGUCCAGUUUUGUGUUUCUACAAGCACUCAUUUUUAUUCAUAAUAUUCAAUGUCAACUGUGC